GCUCGCAUUGAUCGUUGUUCACUACCCAAGGCUUUCUCCAAUUGCAUUUCCCAAACAAUUUCGCAUUAUCAGAGCGCACUGCUAGCUUCAGCGAGGCAUUCAUACACAGGCCUCAUACGCCUACCAUGCCAGUCCACCUCCCCGACGAGAUCAUCUGGCACAUCCUUCGCAACCUCGUUCCAUCGGAAAAGGUCGAACUGCAGUACGACUACGACGCACAGCUCUGCCUCACGAGCCUGGCUUAUGCGAGCCGCGUCUCUCGCUCGUUCCGCCGCGUCGCAGAACCUCUCCUAUAUCGGCACCUGCAUUGCUCGUCACGCCAGCUCCUCGAAGCUCUGUGCAACCGGCCCGAGCUAUGCGAACAUGUGCGCAGAAUCGACGGCUAUGGUACAUCUAUGAGUUUGGAGGACCGGGCGGUCGCGGAACGUCUGCUACACGGCCGGAUCCGCGGCAUGGUGAGGGACAAGUAUCGCUGGCCGGCGCUUGAUGCCCUGCUGGAGCGCCUGAUUCCUCCCGAGGUGGACCCCAUCAACAACGACGAGGAUUAUGGCUACCUCGACAUGGCCUGGCUAACGUUCAUGCUCUGCUUGACGCCUCAUGUUGAGACACUACACGUAGAUUCGUGCCUGCUCGACAAGCCAGACAUGCUUGCGCGACUCUUUGACCUUUGUGGCCGUGAAGGGUCCCCCAGACAGCAACGCGAAAGUGGCAGAGUUAUGGUGCCGAGGUCAUCGGGGCCGCUGUCCAAGCUGCGAUCACUGCAACUCGGGUGCGAUACCGUCCACGGUGAGCCUGGCGGCUUUGGUGACAGAAAUGUUCGCCCGCUGGUGUUGUUCCCCGGGCUUGAGGAGCUGGUGGCAGUUCACAUGGACUGGGAGUACACUGGCCAAGGCCCCAACCCCUAUGAUCAUGACGAAGGCGAAGGCGAACACGAGGAUACCAGCGACGAGGAACAGCUCGAAGACGACCAGGAUCAACGCUGUCAGGCUGAGAGGCCUGGGGACCAAACGAGCCAAGCCCUUCCCGACAGGCCACCCAAAAGGCUGUACACCUUCCCAGGUUCUCAUCCAAACAUGAAGAGCCUGAGCCUCUUACACAACAAUCCACCUGUCUAUUCUACGGCGCGCGAGAUGCUACUAGCUUGUCCCAAUCUUGAUUGUCUGAUCCUUUUGCCAUGGAUAUUUGAGGAUCGCGAGACCUUGGAUUUUACAAUGUACGGCAAUGUACUCCGCGAGUUUGGUACCCGCCUGCGCCGUUUCGAGUUGGAGCCGGCUAUAGCCCAUGGGGACUUUUCGGAGGUAGGCGACGAGGGCACAAUCGGUUCGCUUCGAGAGAAGUUGACGCGGCUGGAGCAACUCCGCAUCCCACUCGCUACGCUGGCCGGCACCGACGUCACCGAUGUGGAUGACGAGAACAGCGAGCAGCUGGACCUGUGUGCUUUCCUUCCGGCGAGUCUGCGCUGGUUCUGGACGGGCGUGACGGAAUCCGGAGUCGCGGAGGUACAUUACAAGGCACUCGCAAGGAUGAUGGACGAAAUCACGAGGGGUUCUCAAGGUGAUGGCUGUUGCAGGCUGCCAUUGUUGGAAUGGGUCAUGGUCCAGAUACCCAGCAAAAACGAUGGGCCUUCCUUUGAGCCCAAUGGAUUUGAUGUACUGCGGCUCGGCAAGGACCAAGUACUUUGCACGAGGAAGUCCGCGCGUCUCGGAUGGACGCAGACGCCGCCGGGAUGGGAAGGAGCCCCGAUCGAUACUGACUCGUGGCUGCCUUAGUUCAACAGAGUUUCUCAAUAGCACAUCGUUGAGCUUCUGA